GCAGCUGUGCCUGAAAGCUCUAGAAACAUCUAGUUCGCUUCCGACUGCGUCAGUCCAGCUAUUCUCAUUUUAGGAUACGUAAGAAAAUCCGGAGUUAAGUCCACAAGCUAGCAGCGUUUGCCCGGGUCGUGUGUUAGUGGCGGUUGCUCUUUUUUUUAAAACAUUAUCAUUCUUUCCACAAGACUGGUUUAUCUGCUGUGAAGAAGCUCGCUUCACGCCGAGACAUGCACCCAGCAACUGCUAAGUGGUACGACAGGAGGGACUCUGUUUUUAUAGAGUUCUGUGUGGCUGACAGCAAAGAUGUUAAAGUUAACUUUGAUAAAACAAAGUGUGGAUUCAGCUGUCUUGGAGGAACUGAUAAUGUUAAACACGAGAACCAAAUAGAUCUUUUUGAAGCUAUAGAUGAAAAUGAAUGCAGACAUAAACGCACAGAUCGCUCAGUCUUGUGCUAUCUACGAAAAGCGGAGCCGGGAAAGGCGUGGCCAAGGCUAACAAAAGAGAAGGCUAAGCUGAGUUGGCUCAGUGUUGACUUCAACAACUGGAAAGACUGGGAGGAUGACUCGGACGAAGAGAUUGGCAACUUUGAUCAAUUCUCAGAUAUGAUGAACAACAUGGGAGGAGAGGAUGACCUGCCUGAUCUAGAUGGUGCAGAUGAUGAUGAAUCUGCAGAUAGCGACGAUGAGAAAAUGCCAGAUUUGGAGUAGAAGACAUUAAGAGGCUGUAAAGAAAAUGGGAAAACAGGGGGAUGAGUGGGAAUCUAAACAAAUGUAUAUCUUGAAACUGAAGGCAGUGACAAACAACUGUACAUAUGAGUCAGUAGCCAUAUUUAAAUCCAUAGCCGCAGCUCCAAACUCUUUGACCAGUCAGUCUACAUAAGGUUGAUUUGCAUGGUAUUGUACAGAGCAGCUAUCUACGUCCAUUUGCUGUACUGCAGCUUUUUUUGGGUAUCUUGUUUUAAUGUUAAAUAUUAAAACUAAGCACACAUUGUUUGUUGGGGAAAACUGUAUAGUUGUACCUAACUGAGCAAUACAUGUUAAGAGAGUUGAAGUUUGUUUGAAAAUGUUUGGACCCACCUGUUGGCGAUGUUGUGUUUAAGGUAUUCGACCAGUGUAGUGUAUCCCAUGAUUUAAGAAUUAGAUGCAUUGACUGAUUGGGUCCUCUGAAGCCUUCCAUGUGCUGUAUUUUAGAUAUCCAGGAAGCCAGUACCUGAAUCUGUAGCUUAACUUUGCAGCUUACAUGUUUCCCUUUCACAUCUUGUUAAAUGUUUGUAAAAUCAUUGCAGGACGACUUCUAUUUCUCCGGUUGUCACCUACUGCUUCAACAGGUUGAAUUCCAAUAUUUGGGUGAAUUUACAAGCUCCUCUCAUACUUUUAACUAACAUGCACAUAUUUCUGAAAAGAGGCGAAGUGAAGUUUUGCAGGUGUUUAAAGAGGGUUGAAGUUCGGAUAAGCCUCAGAAUUGUGUGGCUUGUUGCUACCCUACAGUUUUGUUUUUUGUUUAACCCAUACACCCUCAUGGUUUUGGAGAUUGUUGGUACUAAAAAACAAGUAAUGACCAAAUUAUAUUUGCACUGUUGAAAAUGUAAGGGGAGGCAAGUACUAUUCACAGUGAAAAUGUUUGUUUUUUACUGUCUACAUCUUUCUAAUAAACAGUUUAAGAAUCAA